CAAAAAGAACAGUAAAAAUGCAGGCAGGGCACAGGACAAAGCACUAGGGACAAAAUGUAUGUGAAAUGAGUAUAUAGUGAAUGUCACUUUUUACCGCAGGUUCCGUCCCCCACGUCCCGUACGUCACAAUGCUCGCAGGGAACAGAACCCAGAAGACAGAUGCCAACAUCGGCCAGAGGAGAUGGCCGGGGACGCUGCAGGGGGGACAUCGUGGGAGUGCAGGACAAGGUAAGUGCAAGAGGGAUCCCGGAGCAACACUGCAGGGUAAUCCCGAGUGUAGCUCAGGGUUAUCGCAUUUGGUACUGAAA